AAAGUGGGUCCAGAAGGAGGUGAACUACAAACCUCGUCCUGUACAGUCACCGUUCUUCCCGGAGCCGUUACCAUGUUAACAGAAAUCAACUGCCAGGUCAUCAAACCCAACGACAUCACCCUGCCCCUGAAGGACGGAGCGAUGCUCUUGAGUGACGUCAUAGAGCUGGGUCCGCACGGGACAUCCUUCAACAAACCUGUCACUGUACAGAUGCAGUACAGCAGCACGUCGUCAGGUGGCGCCAUGGAAGCUGUCGUGUUGGUCACUGAAGACAGAUCGCAAUGGUCGGAACUUAAGACGACUGACCUAAGCGAGAACAAGCUGGCAGUGUCCGUAGACCAUUUCUCCACCUUUGCCGUCAUAAGUCGGCCAAAACAGGACACGUUUCCUGUGUCUACUGAGGAGCACACUCUGACGUCAUCAACGCAGCCUGCGGUACAAAUCAGCUUCCCAAAACAGUCUGUAACCACACCAACACAAGUCACUGUACAGGUGCAAGAAGUUCCCAAAAGAGCGGUCGAGGACAUGAAAGCAAAAGACCAGUCUUCUUGCGGCCUUGUCAGCACCAGCCCGAUAGUCAGUGUGGAAACUGACUCGGACUCUGCAGUCCAGUUCCUCAAACCAGUCACAGUGCGAGUCCCACAUCCCAAACGCUACAUGGACAUCCAACAUGAGCUGCCCAACAAAAGAUUAAAAGUGAUGUCAUAUGAGAAAGGAACAGAAGACUGGAUAGAUGAAACCGAUACCAGUAACCCCCGGGAGUCCGAAGAGUUGGUGGAGUUUGAAGUCAGCCAUUGUACCAGGUGGAUUGUAAUCAUUGUGACAGACGACUUUGAUGAUCCAAAAGAAUUCGGACCAAUCCCAUUAAAGCUCUGCCGAUGGCUCCAAAGUCGUGACGUACAGUUCAUACUACUGCAGCGGAAGCUCAACGCAAAUGAAUUCGUCAUAGAAUGCACUCUAGAAGAAGACGCAGAAAGGAAACACGCAGCUUUGCUUCGGAAGGGGUACAAGGGCCCGGUACCCACCGGCUCAGUAAAGCUAUUUGAAGGACAAAAAGUAGAAAUCGGCCUGCUGGGUAACGUGUCGAUCGCUCCAUUCAGCCCCAAACCACAGAUCACCUUCCACAGUCAGAGGAGCAACCGACUUCAGAUGCAGGUCAUUGCUUUGAAGGCUAAGGACCAUCCGGGUUUAGACGGUAAAGGGGACACUUCAUUCUUUGCCUUGCCACGCAUUGAAGUCCCGCGAGAGAAAGAGCAGCACGUAAGGGCAGCUAUCGCAAAGAAGGGCAACAAAGCCGUUGAGUGUCCGAAGCCAGAACUGCUGUGCCAGAUCCCUAUCCAUGUGUCGUAUGAGACCCCAAAAGUGGCGUCAGAGCAUGGAGCAGCUGCCUCAAAAGGUUUAGAGAAGUACUUCUACUUCGUCAAGGAAGAAGUGAGCACGGACUGGGGAGAUCUGGCUAUUCACCUUGGGUUUAAGUGGGCUGACAUCAGAAACAUCGCCCGCCGAAACCCCGACGACAAGUCCUGUUGCUUUGACCUGCUGUGUGAGUGGCAGAAGCGGGAAGGAGACGCCGCUACCAUGGAGGUACUGAUGGAGGCUCUGUCAGAGGCUGAGCUACAGAGCGUCGUGGAUGGUUUUAGGACCAAAUUCCCAGAUGUCGAACAACAAGGAGAAAGGGAGUAACAUGCUAACUGCAAAG